CAGGUUAAAGGUUGAAAUGUGAUAAGAGACAGAGAGACAGAGAGGCUGUGCACAGCAGUCACAGUGGGACUUGUUCUGUGCUCAUCAUGGAGUUAUCUCCCGGGGCUCUGAUCCUGUGCUCUCUAAUAUGUUCAGUGGCUGCUCAGGCUCCUGUCGUCUCGGUGGAGCCUCGGACUGCUUCUGUGCGCCAAGGAGAGUCUGCCAGUUUCAGGUGCCAAGCCAAAAGCAGCGUGCAACCGGUCCGACUGGAGUGGAGUAGACCCAAUAACCAGGCGUUGCCAGACAAUGCAAAGAUCGGCCCUGAUGGGUCUGUGCUGACUGUUGCUAAGGCUCGGCCUGCAAACCAGGGCCAGUACCGCUGUGUGGCUGUCAGCUCUGCCGGUCGCCACUCAGCCAACGCUGUGCUGAACGUCAAACAUGCUCCAAAGGUACGGCUGACGCCGGCAGGGCCCCUGCGGGUCAGGGUCGGCGACGCUGUGUCAGUGGAGUGCAGAGCAACAGGCAAACCGCGACCCACAAUGGAGUGGAAACGGCGAGGCUCCAGCCUGCAGAUGGUUACCCAGGGGACGGAUGAUGUCAACACCAUCAAGUGGGCUGCAGUACGUCCAGAGGACUCGGGCGUGUAUAUUUGCCAGGCUGAGAACAGUGAGGGGGUUUCAGAAGUUAAAGUUGGGCUUGUUGUGGAGGGGUUGCCUGGCGCACCAAUGGCUUCAGUGAGCUCCGCUAAAAUGACCGUGGUGGAGGGACAAACAGUCACGAUGGAGUGUCAGGCCACUGGUUCUCCUCCUCCUGACAUCGCCUGGAGCAAGCUACGGGCACCGUUGCCGUGGAAACACACCGUCAGUAAUGGUGUUCUUACACUGAAUGAUGUGGGGCGCCAGGAUUCAGGAGAAUACAUCUGCAAUGCAACUAACAUACACGGCUACAGCGAGGCAUACACGGAGAUGGAGGUGGACACGCCUCCGUACGCUACCUGCCUGCCUGACCAGGUGCGGCUCCACCCCGGAGAUGCCACGCUACUGCAGUGCCUCGCCCACGGCUCUCAUCCCAUCAGGUUCACGUGGAGUCGGGUGGGCAGAGGCGACUUACCCGCUGGAGUCGAGACCACCAAGGAUGGAAAGCUGAUGAUAACCCAUGUUAGACAGAACCACGCAGGAACGUACAAAUGUGUGGCCACCAACCACGUUGGUUCAAGUGAGGUACUGGCAAAGGUCUUCGUAAAAGCUUGAGCCAGCCGUGAUCCAUCGACACGACAUCCAUGCAGUAACAAUUAUAUUUAAUAAACUCAUAUAUUUUGAUGUAUAAAGAUGAAAAA